CAUGGAUUGUUGGAAAAUUUGUUCUUGGCUCACCCUUUGUGAUCGCGGUUUUGAUAUUUAAAUGGAGAAAAAAACAUUUAUCCAUAUAUAACAAGGUUGAAGAUUUCAUCCAGAGUCACAACAACUUCAUACCCAUUAGAUACUCUUACUCUUAAAUCAAAACGAUGACCAAACAUUUCAAGCAUAAGUUAGGUGAAGGAGGUUAUGGUACUGUCUACGAAGGAGUGCUUCAGAGCAAACGUAGAGUAGCUGUUAAGGUAUUGACUAAGUCUCAAACCAAUGGACAAGACUUUAUCAAUGAAGUUGCAACAAUUGGAAGAAUUCGUCAUGUCAAUGUGGUUGAGCUAAUCGGAUUUUAUGCUGAAAGAACAAAGCAAGCUCUGGUCUACGAGUUUAUGCCUAAUGGUUCUCUUGAUAAAUACUCGUUUUCGCAAGAGCAAGGAAACUCAUCUUCAUUAGGAUACGAUAAAAUCUAUGACAUUUCGCUUGAAAUUGCUCGUGGAAUUCAAUACUUACACCAAGGUUGUGACAUGCAAAUCUUACACUUUGAUAUAAAACCUCAUAACAUUCUUCUUGAUGAGAAUUUCAACCCAAAAAUAUCUGAUUUUGGUUUGGCAAAAUUGUAUCGAAUAGAUCAAAGCAUUCUAAUUUUAACUGCAGUAAGAGGAACAAUGGGUUACAUGGCUCCUGAGUUGUUGUACAAGAACCUUGGAAGCUUAUCUAUUAAAGCUGACGAUUUUAGUUUUGGAAUGAUGCUAAUGGAAAUGACAGGUAAAAAAAAGAACAAAAAUUAUAUAGAAAAUUGUUGGCAAGACUACUUUCCUAAGUGGAUUUAUGAUCAGUUUGAGGAAACAAUAGAUACAAACAACGGAACCCAGGAGGAAAAGAAUAUUGCAAUGAAGAUGAUUGUGGUUGCCUUGAAAUGCAUACAAAUGAAACCUGAUGAUCGGCCCUCAAUGAAUGAAGUGAUAGAAAUGCUUGAAGGAGAUGAAGUUCCUCAACACCUUCCACUUGAUCCACAAUCUCUUACAAGAGUUUUUUUUGGCUCUCAAAGCCUGUGAAAUGAAGAGGUAGAAACCUCUAUUAAUAGAAUUGGAAGUGAGAGUAGU